AUGGGGGAGCCUAAGCAGGAAGACUUGCGGUUCUUCGACUCACAGGGGCAGGAGACGCCCAUCUCUGAGCCGGACUGGACGGAAAAUGAAGAGACUCGAGCGCGACGGAAGAUCGACAGCUCGGUGCUUCCGCUGCUGUAUCUCGGCCUCCUCGUAUUCCAGCUUGACCGCAUGAACCUAGCGAGCGCUCUCACAGGUGGCUUCGCGAAGGACAUAGGCGUCAACCAGGACACGAUCAAUCUCGGGAACCAGCUCAUGUUUCUCGGUAUUGUCAUCUUGGAGAUCCCUUCGAACAUGCUCUUACAGAAGAUCGGCCCGAGAAAGUACAUCUCCGGACAAGUCGUGCUCUUUGGCUUCGUGGCUACCAUGCAGGUCUUCCUCGUCGACCGCAAGGGCUUUCUGGCUUCGCGGAUGAUGCUCGGUUUGGCGGAAGCGGGGUAUAUACCCGGCGCAUGCUAUACGCUAUCCACGUGGUACACCAAGAAAGAACUGGCUAAACGCAUCGCCAUCUUGUUGGUUCUUUGGUGA